AUGAGCUCGACAUCCUUCGCGCAACACAUACCGGAUUGAGAAAUCUUCACUCCUACAUAAUAAACGCGAAAUCCUCUCAUAACGGCCGAUGUGACACAAGAAAUGGGGGAAUAUCUGAAAGACGUGGCAAUCAUCGGCGCCGGCCUCGGAGGCUGCGCACUAGCCCUCGCCCUCUCCCAACAGAACAUCCCCAUAACCGUCUACGAGUCCCGACCGCGCGGGCACGACGUGCUCAAAUCCGGUGUAGUCCUCACGCCCAAUGGCCUCUGGAUCCUCGAUCAGCUCGGCGUCUUCGCGCGCAUUAAAGACCGCUGCUUCAAAGCGACGCACCGCGUAUUCAAAAACGACAAAGACGAGACGGUGCGCAAGACGCUCGUGGCGGACGAGUCGCUCUACGGCUACCGGAAUCAUCGCAUUUGGCGGAAGUUGUUGCUGGAUGAGAUGAAGGUGAUGCUGGAGGAGCGGGGCGUGGGGAUUCAUUACGACUCGGUGUUUAAUGGCGUUGAAACUGAAGACGAGGAAGGCGUGACGUUCCUAAUCAACGGCCAACCGCGCACCGCAUCCCUCCUCAUCGGCCUCGACGGCAUCUACAGCCACGUCCGCCAAUACCUCGACCCGAGCAUCGUGCCCGAGUACACCGGCACAACCGGCGUGCUGGCGCACAUCAAGCGCGCCUCCGUCGCCUGGCCCUACGCAGACUACGAACCCAACGCCACGAUCCAAGGCAAGCCCGGCGCCAUCUUCUUCCUCCCCGAAGACCCGCAACACGAGGACAUCAUGAUUGGCAUGCAGGUGCAGUACCCGGAGCAGUCGCGCGAGGACCUCGAGAAGCUGCAGACGGAUUAUGAUCGGCUGUUGCAGUUUUAUCGCAAGGGGUACGAGGAGCAUGGAGCGACGGCGCGCUGUAUUAUUGAUCGCAUUGCGGAGAAUCGCGAGACGUUGUAUAUUUGGCCGUAUUUGAAGAUGCCGAAGUUGGGGCGUUGGUUUAGUCGGGCGGGGAGGGUGGUGUUGGCUGGUGAUGGCGCUCAUGCGCUGCCUCCGAGUAGUGGUCAGGGCGUCAAUCAGGCGCUCGAAGACGUCUACUCCCUAACGCUUCUCCUAAAGUCGAGUGAACCCGACAAGAAGGCUGCGAAUGGAGCGGCGCAGACCACGAACGGAGCUACAACACCGAAUCACACUCUUCUAGAUACUCUAGCGUUUUGGCAGCAGAUGCGGCAAAAGCGAAUCGACUCCAUCAUCGAUUGGGUGAGCAACUACCAGAACGUCGAACGCUUGCCCGAGGCCGAACGGAAGAAGUUGGCGAGUCAAGGGAAGGAUGGAGCAAAGGGCGACGAUAUGCGGUGGUUGUAUGAGCAGUCGAUCGAAAGAGAUGUGAAGGCGUGGGUGGAUGGGAAGGCGUAAGGUAGGACGAUGG